GAAGAUGAAAUGUGAACCAGCUUGUCCUCCAACAAUACAGCGGCUGCAGCCACAGGUGGCAGGCCCUGUUUUACAAGGUGCCGCUCUCGCCUCCACCCACAGGCGCGUUGACAGUCACGAGCCGAGGGAACAGAAGUUAGAGAUGACUUCACUACAUUUACCAAGGACUUUGCCUCUACUCUAAACUCUUUCGCUAACAGUCUCUCUGCUUCGUUUUAUUUAUCUAUUUCUAUUCCAUGGCAUUUCACAAAGAUGACUCUCAGGAGGACGCGCGCGAGUGUCCAGUGUGUUACGAGAGUCUGUCGGGCAUUGAGAGGACUCUGAGCUGUGGACAUGUUUUCUGCCACGACUGCCUGGUAAAAACGCUAGUGACCGUCAACGGGGAUGGGAACGCCAAAGGCACGAUCACCUGCCCGGUCUGCAGGCACCUCACGUUCAUCAAGAAGCAAAAGAAAGCGGGUGCGAGCAAAGAUGCCCGUCAGGUGCAGACCCUGGCGGUGCCUCUGCCUCUGCGCCACCGCGACCCCGGGGCCACGCGAACCGGGGGGUUUAACGGGAUUGCCGGUUGCUUUCGGCGCAUGUGCGAACGAUUCCACCGACAGCGGCUGAUCAGCCCCAACGUGUCUCAGAUCUUUAUCAUAAGCGCCCGAGGCCGACCCAUGGCCGAGGAGGAUGCGCUCAGCGGUGGGAUGACCGUCGUAGCGCCGCAGCGCAGGCGAAGGCGCAGGAUUUGCACGACCGCGCGGUGUCUGAUCUUUUUGCUGUCGACGUUCACGUUGGUGGCGCUGGUGGCUGCGACGUUACCCUGGAUUUUGUUGGCGUAGCCCCGCGGCGUGACUGUGGAUUCUGAAGUGCCAUUCGGGAGAGAUGAACUGAUCUUUAUAGGAAACCGAACAUCACUAAGGAAACAAGCAUCGGCUGGACUGUAAAGUGUGUGAGGCAGCUAGAAGCAAAAAUGAUCUGAGUCUCUUCUCUCUCCACAAUGAAAUGACUUAAUCUGUGUUCAACAUGGUCAUAAUCUAUUUCAAAGAUGAUCAGAUCAUUGUUGUGUCAUUGCACACUUUCACAGCAGACACUAAAUAUAUGGGUGAAAUAAAAGCCUUCUAGCUCCAUCCCACCUUCAGGACUGUUUAUAUCUGCUUCUGUAACACAUUUCAUAAAGUGAGUGAAUAACGAUAACGAAUACUGUUUUAACAUGACAGCUAACAUCAGUUUUUUUCUCUUCUUCCUAUAUCAAAAACAUUAUUUGUUUUGUCCUAUAUACAUGUGGAUGUGAUGGAAAAGCACCAGCAACACAUUUACAGCUCUGAUACUGUAAACAGAGACAUCAUUAACGCUUUCAGACAGGAAUAAUUUAUGCACCCAGGCCAGUCUGAAGAUCGAUUAUAGAGAUGGACUGAGCCUGGUAGAUUGAUGUAAGGAGAUACGUUGCUGGACUGUAGCAUUAGAUUACUGCUUAGGAGUGGAGAUGGUGACAGAGCGGCGUGCCCUGGGUUCACUUAGGUAGAGUGAGAAAAACAAGGUCACGCCGCUGAUUUCUCCGAACCAAGUUAGGCGUCGCAGCGUUGGUGAAGUCGCAGCGCAUUCAGCCGUCGCGUGUGUUCAUAACAGCCCAACGACUGGUUCUUCCUAUGGGCUUGAUCGGUAUCAGCGACAUCCCGACAAAUGAGAACACUCCUAGUUUCCCUAUGUAGCAAGCUGUCAGUCAUCCUGCUGGUCCAGUUGUACUGGUUACACGCUCGAAAGAGGGCCCGGUUUUUAGUCUCAGUGCCAGAGACGCAGAAUGACAAUGAUUUCUUUGACGAGUCAGACUUUUUAGUCAGGUUAAUGGCAUGAGACACUGUUACGUUGUUUUCAGUUGAAAGAUUGUAAAAUAUUUCUUCAGCGGGUGCUUAUUCUCAUUGACAGAGUUGAGAGUGAACCAGCUGUUCAUAUGUUUCAAAUAAUGGUAAAUGAAUUAUAUGUAUUAUAUUGUUAUUGUAGUCUGAUUAAUAUUGUCUGGAGGAACAAUAUGUCAUUAUCUAUAAGAAAUAUGUAUCCCUGUAUUAUUUACCUCCAAACUGUUCACUUCGCAUCAUCGUCUGUGUUCUUCUCUGUAAAACAGACAUUGAACGCAAACUGAAAUGAAA